AUGGCUAUUCGACGGUUUCUGGUACGAAGAGGAUCGCCGUUGGAGAUUUGGAGCGAUAACGGCACCAAUUUUAUCGGUACCAGCCGCGAACUGAAGGAGCAGCUGAGCCAGAUCAAUCAACAGCUUUCCGAGGUGUUUACCAACGCCAAUACUAAGUGGAUAUUUAAUCCCCCUUCAGCCCCCCACAUGGGCGGUUCGUGGGAGCGACUCGUUCGUUCGAUUAAAACCGCUUUUGCUGGGCUGUCAAACACUAGAAACCCUGAUGAAGAAACUCUUGUCACACUCCUGAUCGAAGCAGAAGGAGUGGUUAAUUCACGACCACUUACAUUCGUUCCGUUAGACAAUGAGGCACAGGAAUCACUAACCCCCAAUCACUUUUUGCUACUAAGCUCCCAAGGAGUAACGCAACGGCCACAGCCCAAGAUAGAGCAUGCUCAAGUGACGAGAAACAGCUGGAGGCUAAUGAGAAGUCUGGUGGACGAAUUCUGGCACCGCUGGAUUAAGGAAUACCUUCCUACAAUAGCUUGUCGCCCCAAGUGGGCAGGAGAUACGAAGGAGUGCAAAAAGGGGGACCUGGUGGUUAUUGUGAACGAAUCCACGCGUAAUGGGUGGCUGCGCGGCAAAGUUUUAUCUACAUUGACAGGACGCGACGGACGAGUAAGGCAGGCAUUCGUCAAAACUCAGAAUGGGGUGCUACGACGUCCUGUUACGAAGAUCGCGAUAUUGGACAUCCAGGACACCAACUCACUACAUAAGAAAAUUGAUAACGCUGACACACAGGAGAUCAAUGACCAGCGUUAUGGGCCGGGGGAUGUUGGGGGCACUGCCCGUGCGCCUCUGCCCGUGCGAGAUUCAUUCUCAAACACCCUGCUCACUUGA